CGACUUGAGCGAGAGAAAUUUCCGCUUCCUCCACCGAUAAACACCAACCAGCGCACACCGGGAAGACACGAAGUUGAGGCGCAGGGAGCAGCGAGAGGACACGCAGACGGACGCGGGGCUUCAACGCCUGUCUUCGGGUACAAACCCCGACGACUGCGAUGUGCUCGCUAUCAGGCGGCGAAUAGCACAAAACGGAUCAACUUUCCGGUUGUACUGUACGCGGGAGCGUUUUACGCAUUUGCACCAACGGGAGCCUGAAAAAAUAAGCUAAAGGAAGGAGGAGGAAAAAAAGGACAACACACACACGGAGAAGCCAGGCUACUACGGGUAUUCCUCCUUUCAGCUCCGCGUGAAAGCCCGUUCUCAGCCUCCAGGAUGUCGGAGCGAGGAGGGCUCCCGCGGACUGGGGGCGUCCCUUCGCCGCACAUGCAGCCUUCCAAGCCGGUCAGCAUCACCUCCAACCGGCCGGUCCACAUGAACCUGUACGCUACAUGGGAGGUGGACCGCUCCUCACCCAGCUGUGUGCCGAGGCUGUUCAACCUGACUCUGAAGAAGCUGAUCAUGCUGAAGGAGCUGGACAAAGACCUCACCUCUGUGGUUAUCGCCGUCAAGCUGCAGGGCUCCAAGCGGAUUCUGCGCUCCAACGAGAUCCUGCUGUCCUCAGCAGGGCUGACAGAGACCGACCUACAGCUCACCUUCUCCCUGCAGUAUCCACACUUCCUUAAGAGGGAUGCCAACAAACUUCAGAUCAUGCUGCAGCGACGGAAGCGAUACAAGAACCGGACCAUCCUGGGCUACAAGACGCUGGCCUUGGGACUUAUCAACAUGGCUGAGGUGAUGCAGCACCCCAGCGAGGGGGCCCAGGUCCUGGGGCUCCACAGCCAGCUCAAGGACGCCUCGGUGCCCGUCGCCGAGAUCCGGGUCUACUCCCUCUCCAGCCAGCCCAUCGACCAUGAGGGACCCAAAGCAAAGAUGUCCGAUCGCUCCCCAGACAUCGACAACUACUCUGAAGAGGAGGAAGAGAGCUACUCGUCAGAGCAGGAAGGCAGCGACGACCCCAUUCACGGGCAGUAUCUAUAUGACGAAGAAGAGGAGGUGAGGAAGAAGAAGCCGAGGCGUAAGCUCCCUUCCAACGCCGCCAUCACCCGACAACCCAACAUCAAGCAGAAGUUUGUCGCCUUGUUGAAAAGGUUUAAAGUCACUGAUGAGGUCGGUUUUGGCCUGGAGCAUGUGUCCAGGGAGCAGAUCCAGGAGGUGGAGGAGGACCUGGACGAGCUCUACGACAGUCUGGAGAUGUACAACCCCAGCGACAGCGGGCCGGAGAUGGAGGAGACCGACAGCAUCCUCAGCACGCCCAAACCUAAGCUACGGCCGUUCUUUGAAGGAAUGUCCCAGUCCAGCUCGCAGACGGAGAUCGGCAGCCUGAACAGCAAAGGCAGUUUGGGUCGAGACACUUUCAGUCCGCAGGGGGAGCAGCCUCCUCUGGAGAAGAUGAAACCCUCCCGCAGCCGCAACCUGGAGGAGGCAUUGUCUGAGACCGACACGCUGGAGCUAACAGACCAGGAGCUGUUCGCUGAGGUGGGCCCCUGCAUCAUGGUGUCAGUGGCAGAGAAACCCCGUACGCCCCUGAAGAGCAGCAAAAGUGAAACCCAGGCCAUGCCGUCACCAAGGUUGGACGGCGGCCACACGCCCAGACAGAAGCGCAUCAGCACUCCCAUGAAGGAGAGACAGCUGUCCAAACCUCUGAGUGAGCGGACCAACAGCUCCGACUCCGAGAGAUCCCCGGAGCUGGGACACAGCACGCCGCUCUUGAGAAAGGUGGUGUACGACCAGUUGAACCAGAUUUUGUUGUCGGACUCGGCGCUACCAGAGAGCCUCAUCUUGGUCAAUGGCACCGACUGGCAGGGCCAGUAUGUUGCGGAGCAGCUGCAGGUGCAGAGACACCCAGUGGUUUGCACAUGUUCGGCGGCUGAAAUCCAGGCGGUGUUGUCUGCCGUGCUCACUCGCAUCCAGAAAUUCUGUAACUGUAACUCGUCCAUGCCCAGAGCGGUGAAGGUGGCGGCGGUGGGCAGCCAGAGUUACCUGGGAGCCAUCCUGCAGUUCUUUGUCACUCAGCUCGCCAACAAGACGUCCGACUGGCUCAACCACAUGCGCUUCCUGGUCGUGCCUCUGGGCUCCCAUCCGGUUGCCAAGCACCUCGGCGCCCUUGACAAUCGCUACAGCUCCUCCUUCCUGGAUGGGGCAUGGAGGGACGUGUUCAGCCGCUCUGAGCCGCCGCACACAGAUCAGCUGGAUGUCGCAGGAAGAAUCGCUCAGUACAUUAGCGGAGCCACCGUCACCCACCAGCUGCCCAUCGCUGAGGCCAUGCUCACCUGCAAACACAGGACGCGAGAUGAAGACUCCUACCAGAAGUUUAUCCCUUUCAUAGGGGUAGUGAAGGUUGGUCUCAUCGAGUCUGGUCCGUCUCCAACAGGAGACACAGAAGAGGGCGUGGCGGUGAGCUUGGCUGUUCCCUCCACGUCCCCGCCCUCCCACGGCUCACCCACAGGGAUGAUUAAAGAAGCAGCCACGCCGCCCUCCUCCCCGUCCAUGGGCAGCGUCCUGACUGUACAAGGGAGUCCCAGCAUGUCUCACGGCGUGGACGCCAUCGGCCUGCAGGUGGACUACUGGCUGGCCUCCUUGGCUGAGAAGCGGAGGGAGGGCGAGAGGCGCGACACGGGCUGCAAGAACACGCUGAAGAGCGCCUUCCGCUCGCUGCAGGUCAGCAGGCUACCAGGCGGGGGCAGCAGCGACCCACAGGCCCAGGUCAGCACCAUGGCCAUGACCGUGGUCACCAAGGAGAAGAACAAGAAAGUUCCCACCAUCUUCCUGGGAAAGAAGCCAAAGGAGAAGGAUGUAGACUCAAAGAGCCAGGUCAUUGAAGGCAUCAGCCGACUCAUCUGCUCCGCCAAGCAGCAGCAAACCAUCCUGAAAGUGUCCAUAGACGGCGUGGAGUGGAACGACGUGAAGUUCUUCCAGCUGGCCGCCCAGUGGCCCACUCACGUCAAAUACCUUCCUGUCGGACUUUUCGGCUACAGCAAGCCCCCCUCCUAGGACCGAGCACCCGCCGACUCCUCUGACCCUGACUUGACCUUCGGCUUCCCUCGAUCCUGUCACACCUUUGUGCAAAGACCCCGCCUCUCGGCACCUGCGGAGCUGAGAGAAGACGUCAGCGGAUGGACUUCUUUUCUUUCUUUAGUUUCCUUUUCGUCGUCUUGUUUCUCUUUUGGGAGGGAGAGUGGGAGGAAGGGGAAGGAGGCGUUAGGGCGCAGCGCUGUUACUAGUCACUUUAAUGCCCCUUUUGGUGUGUGUUUGUGUGUGUGGCGAGUGUGCAUGCACACGUGAAUGUACAGUAUGUGUGUGUGUGUGUGUGUGUGUGUUUACAAGGGGCUCACAGCACAAGUUUAUUAGCUAACUGCCAUUUACGUUUCCGUUCUAUGGAAUGCAAUAGCAUGCAACAACUCACCGAUUUCAAGCCCUUAAAGUCUGACCCUCAACUUUUGACCCCCUCAAGGUCCCACUCACCUCAAGUCCUGAUUCACACAUGCAUGCUCCGGUACUAAUAGAUAACACCACUCAUGUGCCAGAAACAGUAACUCAGAAUAUAAAAAAAGAAAUGCAACAGGGCUUCAAUGUUUGCAUGAGCACUGAAAACACAAACGAAAGUCUCCUCUGCUCACGAGAUGCAGUCAAAUAAAAGGUUUGCAUGUGUUGAAUUUCUCCUCCACAUGUUCUCACAUGCCCUUCAAAACAGGCCCAUAUUUUCUGUUUUUUUUAUUUCAAGGGCUUCCAUAGCAUUAAGAAUAUUUUUUCCUUACCAAAAUAAGUCAUUUGGAUGUCUGAUGCCAAACGUUUCCUGUCAAAAAAAAAAAGAAAAAAAUUAAUAUCUAUAAAGGGGAAGUGUUUCUUUUUAAUUGUGCUCUCGUGAAAAAUAGUAAAAUCUUCCCUUUAAAGCCGUUUUGUGAUGCAUAUUGUGCGUUUUUGUGAAGAGUUCCCGGCUUUUAGGGCGGGGCCAACUGUAACGUGCAGGUUUCUUUAUUCUUAUUUCAUGCGCUCAUGAAUACACAUCCGAGUGUUUGCUGAGUACAGCUGGUAAAAAAUAGAUGAACCCUCUUAGCAGCAGCACCAAACCAAAUGUGCAACAGGAAACUGAAACAACAAAAUGCAUAUUUAAACAGUCCGAACCACAGCAGCGUUGGUGGGAAUAUGAUGUGAAAAGCAUGUUUUUCUUCCUGCAUAAACCCGGCAUUUAUAUGAGGAUUUCAAAAUGCGGAUACCAUAAACAUGGGAGUUAAUCACCUGCAAUAAAGCACAAUGUUGUUUGCCAGUUGUCCCCAAGUUAAGUGAAAACAGCGGACCUGGUCAAAAACCAAAUUUCCAUUUCUCUUCUCCUGAAUCACCUUAAUUUUAUCUGGAUACAACUGAUACAUAUCUUGAUUUCAGUCAUUUUGGCACAGGUCCGCCACAUGCUUUCUUUAGUCGUGAGGUGAUUAGUGAGUGUACAGUAACUGGUAACACGUGUGUGUGUGUGUGUGUGUGUGUGUGUGUGUGUGUGUGUGUGUGUGUGUGUGGUGAAAUAAAUGUAAUGUUGAAAAAAAAAAAAAAAGAUUCACUAAAUAUGAGGAAUACUUUUCUACCGCGUGACAGAGGGCAUGCAACUGGUGUGUGAGCGUUGGCACUGUGUGUUGAUGUGGUCAUUAUCAGCAUCACCGAUUAUCAGAUUAGGGCUGCAAAAGCUGCAGUAGUCAUCUUGUGUACUUUGUAGCCUGGCACAAGGCGAAUGCAGAUGUUUUUUUCCACCGUGAAACGCUUUCAAAACAAGCAAAAUCUUCAGUUAAAUCUGCUUUCAUUUAAGCGAUUUGAUUCUGUGCAAAUCCACGAAUGUAGCCACAACGGUGGUUUCUACUAACUGUCCUAAAAGCAGUUUUUCUUAAUGCACGGCUGUGUAGCUCUGCCUUGUGUCACCUGCAUCGUAACACUCUCCAUCUCCAGUGAAGUAUUAGCAAACUAGUUCUUUUUGAAUAGUGUUAACGCCAACGUUUUUGAUUUAAAUGCCGUUUUUGUUUGAAUGUUCGAAAAUAGAUUAGAAAGUUUCGAUGUUACAGUGUUACAGUUGCGAUGUCAGCGGCACGUCUCGGCAGCACCUGUGGCAGCAGGUGUCAUGCGAAGGGUUUCAGAGCCCGCUUUGUUUGCUCGCUCUCUGUUUGGUCAACGGCUCGUCUGUCACCGCCGAACCAACAAUCAGUUUGCUGUUAAUACUUCCAAAUAUUUGAAUGUACUGAAUUUAGUUUACAUGUCCUGUCUUGCAUCUGUGUGAAAGACCGAGACUAAAGGCGCAAGUAGAGUUAUGUGUCGCGAUAAUAUUGUGAUUUGGUGUUAUUUGGCCUAAUACUACGGUGGCCGACAAGGGCAAAACAUUUCCAUUAAGAGAAACGUGCUGCAGCAAAAACACAUACGAAAAGCCAAAACCACCAGAACAGCUGAAAUGUGCUGCAGAAUAGAAACUUUUGGGGGCCGUUACAGCAGGUUUCCCCUUGUCGGCCUUCGUAUGAAACAGAUUUCAGACUGUAGAAAUGUAACUUUCCAUCAGUGCAGUCAUUUAAAGCCUGCGUUAACAGUCGACGGAUAACGAGACAGUUUGGAAGCUUUUCUCCAAUUUUUUGUGCAAGCAAACAAAAAAAAAGACAAACAGCCUCUAGUGUUGCUGACAACCUGUUAAGGGCUUUACAGACAGACAGACGGACUGACUGAUUGACGGGUUUCGUUAUUCCUGAGUAUCAGUGAGUGUUGAUGUUCUGUAAUUUGACGUUGAGGUUGCUUAAUCAUUUCGUUCCAAGAUUUGACACUUAAAAGUAAAUAUGAUUUGUUGUUAUGGAAGUGAACAAAAUCUAAAGACCUUUGCUAGCAAAAAAAGUCCAGUCAUCUUUAAAAUGGCCCGUACUUACAGAGGCUUCAUAACAUGCCACUAAUGGCUCCAUUAAUAUUAAUACAUGCAUUAAAGUCCUGCUAUUAUGCACGAAUGGAUAGAACGUUUGGGUUGCCAGGUUGUGAAGCCAAAUAUCAGUAUCCCCUUGUUUAAUUUACAGUAUAUACUCAACUUGCUUUUAAAGCUGCAUUUAUACAUUUUUUAGGGAUAAGGGAUUAAUUAGUGUAUGUAAUCACAGUGACAGACCCCCAGAGGAUUACCAUUCAACCCUUCAGUUCCUUACAGGGCAUUUUAGUGUCUUUAAGCUUAAUGUCUUGUUUGCUGUUUUCAUUCACUCUCACGGCUCUCAUCAGCGUCUUUUCCAGCCGAAUGCAUCUUAAAAACUGACUGAUCACCACGUUCCCUUCGCCAAACGACGGAAAAACAAAGUUAGCGAUUAGCUGGUGGAUGUAGUGGAGCGUUUAGUAGCUAAGGAGCCAAAUAUUUCCCUUAGGAGUUGGUGGAGACUCAAGCUGAGCUAAAGUGAACGUGAAUAUUGGACUUACAUUCAUCAGGUGGCCAGAAAAUGACUCCAGAUGAAUGAUAAUAGAGCUCUGUAGCUGCUGAAUACAUAAAUAGACAACCGUUUACUAAAUUGUUCACCAGUAGUAACUUUGGAAAACAAUUUGUUAAUGUUGUGUUCCCAGCUUGUUUCUGCUGCCCCCAAGUGGCCAAAUUAGUCUAAUAGUUUUUCUACUUACAUCCGGCCUGCGAUUGUACGUGUUAAUAAGUCAAACAGGUCAUGAAGAAGCUCUGUAGUGUAGUUGAAAGAUAAAGGUACAUGCAGGAUAUACUGUAGAUGAAACAAAGGGAUUCUUCACCAAAAUGUGGCAACCCAAAACUUUACUUUAUGCAUUUAAAGCGACUUCUUGCUUAUCUGUGUAGGAUGUUUAUAUAAUUUUAAACUUCAUUAAAGUGACAACUAAGAAAGUCUUUUUUUUUUUUAACGUAUGCUUUGUUCUGAAAGGUUUCUGCAUUUUAAAAUAAGAAAUGUUUGCAAAAGUUUAGCGUUUUGGAAUGAAAUACUUUUUUUCUUGCUCAGACUGUAACCAUGAAGGGUCAAUGAUCUUGUGUCUGCUGUUAGAGACGACCUCCACUAACUCAAAACGCUGUUUGCCUUGUAGUGUUGUUAGCCUAAUUACUGCAAUGAUGUGAACCUAAACUACUUUUCCUAAAUCGUGUGGAGUCAUAGUUUGUCGAUGCCUCUUUCGCUCGCAGCCUCCACGGGGAGGUCAAAGGUCACCGGACUCUCCGGCUCCCUGGUUCAUCUGAACUUGGACAUAUUCUACUGAAAGAGAGGCAUUAAAAACCAAAAUCACUGCCAAAACUACAAUGUGAGGAAAUUGUGGUUAUAUUCAGAUAGAUUUGUGGGGGUUUGGGGGUCGAUGAUAACCGAAAACACAUUAACAACAAAGUGAUCCUUGUUCUGUAGUCAUCAUUUCAAUGCUUGGAGGGACUGAAUGCUUUUUUUUAUCACAGCCAUAUUCUGCAGCUUUUCCUGUCUGUGUCACCUUUUAACCCCCCCCCCCCCCCAUUCUUACCGUUUACAUGUUUUUCUAAAGUCUCUUUGAAAACGCUGGUUGUUCUGUAUGUAAGUCUUGAACUUGUUCCUGUGCGUUUUUACCUGUACCUCUGUACCUGUGUGUGUUUGUGACGGUGUAACGAUGGUUCCUCUGUCCUUUACUCGUCGUGGUUAGAGAUUACGAGCUGUUUGGUCCAUCAAUAAUCUCUGUCAGUGAUCAGCAGUGUCUUUUCUCUCCACCGUCCUCAGAUACCUUAUGUCCCUCUGAUGAUGAGAGUCUUCUUCACCAGGCUUCCACAAGCGUAGCUUUCUGAAGUCAUCUUAAAUGAUAUUGUCCUCAUUCCCUCACAGCUUGUAAAUUUGCUGUCUGUCCUCAUGGGAACGGGAUUUGCCUAUGAAAGCAGUAGAUUUACGCCUGAGGAGGUUCUGCUCAGAGCAGAGCUUGUGGACUUGUGGAGUAUUUUGCACAUGCCAUUGUUUCUUCAGCAGCAGUCUUCAGCUUAUUUGCCUUUUGCCUAUAACAAUAAUUAUAAUAAGCUAUAAUGCUUGUACAUAUCAGAUAGUACUUGUUAUAUUGUAUUCUAGUUCUGUUUUUUUGUUUUUCUUGAUUUGACAUGUUUUGUAGUACUGCUUUUUCAUGAUUACGUUUGUCAAUCAAACAGAUGUGGGAUGAAAAGUGGAAGUGUUUAUUGUUUCAUUUGUUUUUUAAAAUAAAAUAUUCCUGAUUUGUA